AUGGCCCCAAGCUUCUCCAGGUUUGGUCUGGUUACUCUCCUGCUCGGCCUGGCAUCCGCCCAGCGCCAGGUCGGUCCGGAGGAGAACCACCCGCCACUGAAGACCUGGCGUUGCACCAAGGCCGGCGGCUGCUCCGAGGUGAACAACUUCGUCGUUCUCGAUUCCCUUGCCCACAACGUCUACCAGGAGGCCAACGGCGCGAGCUGCGGCUCCUGGGGCAACCCACCCAACGCGACGGCAUGCCCGACCAAGGAGGCAUGCGCUCAGAACUGCGUCCAGGAGGGCCUUGACGACUACAGUCGCGUGGGUGUCACGACGGACGGCGCGUCAAUGACAAUGCACCAGCUUCGUAACGGCGCCAUGGUGUCCCCUCGUGUGUACCUUCUUGACUCGUCCAAGAAGAACUAUGAGAUGAUGCACCUUACGGGCCAGGAGUUCACUUUCGACGUUGAUGUCAACCGGCUGCCAUGUGGCAUGAACAGCGCGCUGUAUCUGUCCGAGAUGUACGCCGACGGCGGCAGGAGCAAGCUCAACCCGGGUGGUGCCACUCACGGCACUGGAUACUGUGACGCGCAGUGCUACACGACGCCGUUCAUCAACGGUGAAGCCAACAUCGAGGGGUACGGCAGCUGCUGUAACGAGAUGGAUAUCUGGGAAGCCAACUCCCGCGCCGUACAUGUUGCUCCCCACCCGUGCAACCAGACGGGCGUGUACCUCUGCGAGGGCGAAGACUGCGCCUUCGAGGGUGUCUGCGACAAGAACGGCUGUGCCUGGAACCCGUACCGCGUGAACACUCCGGGAACCUACGGCCGCGGCCCCGAGUUCAAGGUCGACACGACGAGGCCCUUCACCGUGAUCACGCAGUUCCCCGCCAACGAGGCUGGCGAGCUCUCCGAGAUUCACCGCUUGUACAUCCAGGACGGGCGCCUCAUCCGCAGCGAGACCGUCAACAACCCGGACCUGCCGCAGGUCAACUACCUCAAUGACGAAUUCUGCGCGGCUACCGGCUCUAGAAGAUUCAUGGAACUCGGUGCCCACCGCGAGAUGGGUGACUCCUUUGACCGCGGCAUGGUGCUUGCGUUCAGCAUUUGGUGGGACGAGGGUGGUGCCAUGAGGUGGUUGGACGGCGCGCCAGAGGCCGGUCCUUGUGACCAGACCGAGGGAUUCCCUUCCAACAUUGUCAAAGUCGAGCCUUCGCCUGUGGUGACGUUCAGCAACAUCAAAUGGGGUGAGCUUGGUUCGACGUUCAAGCCUCAGUGCAAGAACAGACCCAAGUUCUAA